CACAGCUCAGUGUUCCUGCACAUCAUGGAUGUUGCACUAAAGUCGUUGCUACUGGCAGCUCUGACUCUGCUGGUUUCUGCUCAGACACCCACUGACUACAGAGACCUGUCUAAUCUAUUACAAAAACAUGUGGACAAAGCGUUGAAAGAAGGGAACCAUAAAUUUGGAGGGGAUCAUCAUGUUGAUUUUCAUUCCAUCGUAAAAACUCCAGUGACUAGGCAGAGCAGCCUAAAUGUUAAUGUCCUUCUGAAAGUCACAACAUGCAAGAAGACUGAUGAGAACGCAUAUAAGCAUCGGCAUGAAUGUAAUACACAAAAAGAGAAAACGCCCUUGAUUGACUGUCUUGUCUGUAAGAAAAGUGAUGAAGAAAUGGUUCACUGUGCUAUAAGGAGAGAAGUACUUUCUGGAAAGCAUCAAGAAAUUCGAAAUGACUGUCUGGUUUAUCUUCCUGGAGCAUGGACUAUCACUGGAAAACUUGUUACUGCUGUUUGAAGCUGCACAAAUCACAACAGGAAAAACAUCUAAUUAUAUACUGUACAUAUACACCUAACUAUAUACAAUAAUUGAAAAGUAAAAAAUUAAGUAAAAUUGCACUGAAUAAAUAAAUAAAAAGUUUAUCUUAAAGUUUUGAUCAGACAUCAGAGUCAAUGUCUUGGAUAUGUUUGAG